UCGCCCGGUCCCGUCAGUCAUAGUAAAGUUGACAACAUGGCGCGGACGUGGUGCUGGAAAAUUCUGCUCCGUGCAGUUGUGGUCGCCUCUAUCGCGCUCUCCCUCGUCCAGGGGCAGGGUCUGGACGACGAGUACAAACAUCUCUACGACAGGCACAUGUUCGAGGAGGCCAUAAAGGCCGCGCCGCAUUUUAUCAUGUUUUUCGCGCCAUGGUGUGGCCACUGUAAGAAGGCAAUGCCCGUCUUUGAUGAGCUGGCAGACAAGUACAACUUACAGAUGGAUCCAAGGCCUCCUCUCUACCUGGCAAAGGUGGACUGUACAAAAGAAAUUGCCUUAUGUGAUGAGCACGGAGCCACAGGAUACCCAACCUUCAAGAUGUACAGACCUGGCCAAGAAGUUGAACGGUACAAGGGAGACAGGACAGCCAAGGCAUUUGAGGACUACUUCACUCAAAUGACAGCAGAAGUGGCAAAGCCUGUUCCACCUGAACCAAAACAUGGUCUGUACAGUUUGGAAGCCUCCAACUUUCAGGACCACGUUGCAAAGGGUCUUCACUUCGUCAAGUUCUAUGCGCCCUGGUGUGGACACUGCAAAAGGCUGGCACCGACAUGGGACGAGCUAGCUACAACAUUUGAACAUGAGGAACAUCUCACCAUUGCUAAGGUUGACUGCACACUGUACAACUCAGUAUGCCAGGACUAUGAUGUGAGGGGAUACCCAACUCUUCUGCUCUUCAGGGAUGGAGAUAUGCUGGAGAAGUACAGUGGGGGACGUGGCCAUGCAGAGCUGAAGACCUACGUGUCCUCCAAGUUGGAAGAGUCCAACAGGCUUUGGGAAAAGGAGGCCUCGAAACCAAAGGAGACAGUCAAGAUCCAGAAAAGUGGGGAAGGACCGAAGGAGCCUCAGGGAGAAGUCCCAGCUGAACCAGAGAGCAAAGUACAAGCCUUAGAUUCUGACACGUUCAACGCAGAGGUCAGCAAAGGGAUCACUUUUGUUAAGUUCUAUGCACCAUGGUGUGGCCACUGCAAGCGGCUGGCCCCCACGUGGGACGCCCUGUCUCACAAGUUCCCUGACCAGCCUCAUGUGAAGAUCGCUAAGGUUGACUGUACCACAGCAGGGAACAAGGAACUCUGUCAGGACCACAAGGUGACAGGCUACCCUACACUGAUCCUGUUUAAGAAUGGAGCCAGGAUAGCAGACUACAACGGUGCCAGGACUGUGGAGUCCCUACAUUCCUACGUCGUGGAAAAGACACACGACGAGCUUUGAUGCCAACCGGAAAUAGGAACCAAUUUUUUCAGCAGAAAUAUUUUUGAAACCUACAUUUUUGCUCUAGUUUGGACCAAUUUUUUGUCUUUUUAGAACACUUUAUUUAUAGUAACUCACUGUAUUUUAGUUAUACGCUUAUUGUACGAUUGUACACACUCUCUUUCCCAAGUUGUAUCCGGAGCUGAAUGUUUUCCCAUUUUGCUCAUUACCUGCUAUGCAAGUGAUAAAAUUAACCUGAUGCAGGAAAGCACGCAGUCUGAACAUAUUAAUCAUAAAAUAUUAUGAUCAUAAAAUCUGUAUGGAAUAGGGUGUAUGGAGAUUUUAUUGUCAAUGAGAUUGUGCAAUAAGAGGUCAACAGAUAUAUAGAAUGAUAUGAAGAGUAUUGAUUUUAUUGAUACCUAUGAUAUAAAUAUCACUCUGUUUGAUAUUCUAGAAGCACACCACGUUAUGUUUAGUACAUAGUUUUUGUUUUUCCUCUUUGGAUUUGCAACUUAGACUUUUCAAAGUUUCUCAAAACAGAUUGUAGUCAGUACAUUUUGCAAAAUGGUAAUGUGUCAAUUCCUUUUGUAAC